CAUAGGUGACAGCAUGGCCUCCCGGGACACACCGCCGGCCACCAGCUACGCCCCGCCCGAUGUGCCCUCGGGGGUCGCCGCCUUGUUCCUCACCAUCCCCUUUGCCUUCAUCCUACCGGAGCUGGUGUUUGGGUUCUGGGUAUGGACUCUGGUGGCUGCUACCAAUAUCACAUACCCCUUGCUGCAUGGAUGGGUGCUGUAUGUCUCGCUCACCUCGUUUCUCAUCUCCCUGACGUUACUGAUGUCCUACUUGUUUGGGUUUUACAAACGAUUUGAGUCCUGGAGAGUCCUGGACAGCCUGUACCACGGCACCACAGGCAUUCUGUACAUGAGUGCCGCUGUUCUGCAAGCACAUGCCACUAUUGUUUCUGAGAAAGAGGACCUGGGUCACUACUACAUCAAUGUUGCAGCCUCGUUCUUCGCCUUCCUCACCACGCUGCUCUAUAUCCUGCAUGCCUUCAGCAUCUAUUACCACUGAAGUGCAGGGAGAACCAAGCCCAGUGAGACCCUGGAGGCCACGUGAUUAUCCCUCAAAGCAGGUCUUGCCAUUUGCCAACUGAGUGAUAAACCCACCAAGCCACCUGCAGGGCCAACAGACCAUCUUUCUGGAAUGAUAAGGAGACUCACUUUGGCAUUGUUAUCUUUGGACAUUUUUACUCCUUGUGAUGACUAUGAGAAAGCUAUCUCCCCACCAAAGAUGACUGCCCUUUCUUCUCCCCUGAAGAUUUCCUCCUACCCUGGCUGCCCUGAAGAUGACUGCCUUUUGGAGUUUCCCAACCGUGAACUCAGCUGAGCUCGACUUUUCUAGAAAACUAACCUUGAACCUCUCAGGCACUGUUCAGAAUGCCAUCCCUGCUGUGAUGUUGUUCAGGACCUUGUUGUUAAUGGUGCUCUGUAUGAUAGGGUUAGGAUAUAGUGUCUUAUUUUCUCAAACAGGAAAGGCUCCACAAAGGCUUGACACAUACUGAUCUUGCACAUACCUUGCUUGUAGCUUGAGCUGUGGCCCUGGAGCAGUUAUUGAGACCUGCCUUCCUCCCCCAUCACACCCCUACUUCCUCUGUAUUAAGGAAAAUGUACAUAAAACCAAUUUGGGGGUAAAUUUGUGGAAGAAAUAAGCUGCUGGGUUUGGGGAGUCAGAAUGGGAAAGAUGCACAUGCUGGAUCCUCCAGAAAGGUGUUCUUGGCGUGCCUGUGUAGCUCCUCAGAGACCAGCUUCCUAAGGACCAGAGGCAUCUUCGUCCUUUAGAAAGGAUUUCAGCAAAGGAGACUGGAACCUAGACUUACCUUCAGGCUCCUCCCAGAAACACUGGAGAAGCAGCAGCUGCUAUAGUAUUGUAGGGGUUGUGAAAGGACCUAGGAUGGAAGUCUACACUCAUUUCUGUGUGCUCUCAGCUCUUCCUAGGGACCCUCUGGGCAGGGCCAGACUGCAGGAUUCAUCAUGGAAAGGGGUUUGCAUUUGGUGACAUUUGGGCUUUUUUUCCCAAGGACAAGCCUUGUGAAAAGAAAAGCAGAAGUCUAGUGAACUCUCUCCAGAGUUAGCUGGGCUCCCAUCCUAUCACCAUCUGGGCGUGUCUCAGCCCCUUGCCAAGGGCCCCUGCAUGCCAAGUGUCCUCACCCAACAGUCUGACUAUCUAAAUAAGUAAUUACCAAAAGGGACUUAACUAAAUCUAACUUUUCUCCAUUUGUGUGUGUGUGGAGGGGGGCUGAGGCAUCUUGGGGGUGGGGCUG